AUGGAUGCAUCAGCUAUCGUAGCAGUUUCUCUUUUUACGAUCAUCUUUGUCAUCGGAGUGCCUGGGAACUCUCUGGUGGUUUGGGUGUUUGCAAAGAAAUCGAGGAAAACUACCACAUCCUUGCUGAUACUCAGUCUCUCCAUAAUAGACCUGUGUGCUUGUCUCAUAGCCCCUGUUCAUCUCGUUCGAUCCCUGGGCGGUGGAGUCAUCAACGCUUUCGUCUGUAAGUCCAGCAUCUACGGGAGUCGUGCCUUUUCGUUUUCAGCACUUUACUUGACAACCUGUAUUGCACUUGACAGGUAUAUGGCUAUCUGCAGACCCCUAGAGUCGCGGUCUCACCCUCGGAAGCUUUUAGUCGUCAUCGUGGCCAGUAUAGGACUGGCGGUGUCUGGCAAUUUCCAAUUUGCUUUGUACGUGAAGAACUUGCAGAUAGGCGCGGUUAAGAAAUGCAUCUAUCGUGGGGGUCCCGACUGGCUGGAUAUCAGCAAUGAGAUCUUUACGUCUGUGUCCUACCUGGUGGCGUUGGUGAUCUGCUCGUGCGUCUAUGUCCGGAUCUAUCUGGAGAUCCGCAAGCAAAUGAAGGUCAGAGAGGGACUUACCGGAAAUGGUGUCCAGGGAAACCAAGGUGCGGAUCGCCAAAGAAAUUGCUUCGCUAUCAGCAAGGCGGGAGGUUUGGGGGCGAGAGCAGGAGAAGGUCAGAUUGCUCUUCCGCAGCAGAGUGGAACAAGUAUAAGUGAUUUCCAUGAGAUGGCGACCACUUCAGCCCAGCGCGGUGGCAGCAGUGGGAUUCUACAAGAAGCAGCGACCAAUGGAAACUUACCAGUCGUUGGAAACACUAAUCUCCUGCGCGCCAAGGGUCACACAGAAGGGAGAGUUCUUCAACUUGUUUCUUCAGUGGAGUAUUCCUCCUACCCUGCAGCUUCCGUCGUUCAGGACCAACCAACUCCAAGGGUCAACGUCAAUCCGAAUCGCAAUCGGCAAAGGAAAGAACGCCUCAUGACCAGGAUGUUGCUUGGAACAAACUUGAUCCUCAUCCUCUCCUGGCUGCCAUCUUUCAUCCUAACCAACGUCCCCGAUGAAGAGGUAACUGCAUACCGCAGCAAGGCAUCACAGGGCGUCAUCAUCUCCUUCUGUUAUCAGUUGCGCACCCUUAAUCACAUUGUCAGUAUCUUUGUCUAUGCUCUCCUCAACGCAAACUUCAGGAAAGAUUGCCGAGCUAUCCUUGCCAAGUUGAAACAAUCAAGGAACGGAUAG